AUGGCCAACAAAUACGCGAGUAACCCGCGUUUUUCUUUCGUGACAUUGACUAUUGCAGUGUUAUUUAGCAUAUUAGUUGGACUUUCUUUAGUUCAAGCUCAACUUUUGAAUCAAGAAGAUGUUCUUAUGGAAACCGAUAGUUGGUUAGGUGAUAAGGCUGAACAAAUAUUGGAAGAUAAAAUCAAGUCCUUUUUCCAUAACAAAUGGGGUAAUAAACAAAGUAAAGCUGAUGACGGCUGGGUUAAGAUUUUAACUCAUAAAGCUUUUCCUGAAUAUGAAAUUAAAUUAAAAGAGCCAAAACUUUGUGAUCCUAAUGUUCAACAGUAUUCUGGAUAUCUUGAUGCUGGAAAUAAAAAACAUUUCUUCUUUUGGUUCUUUGAAUCGAGAAAUAAUCCUAAAGAAGAUCCUGUUGUCCUUUGGCUUAAUGGAGGUCCUGGAUGUUCUUCCUUGACUGGUUUGUACUUUGAACUCGGUCCUUGCUCAGUUACUGAAGAUGGAACCUCUACAACUUUGAAUGAAUAUUCAUGGAAUAACAAUGCCAGUGUUUUAUUCUUGGAUCAACCUAUAAAUGUUGGAUAUUCUUAUGGAGAUGGUGUUUCAAACACUCUUGCUGCCGCCAGUGAUGUUUAUGCUUUCCUCCAAAUCUUUUUUAAAGAAUUCACCCAAUACGCAAACUUGGAUUUCCAUAUUGCUGGUGAAUCGUAUGCCGGCCACUAUAUUCCUGCUAUCGCUGCGGAGGUUAAUAACAACAAUAAAGGAGUUUCUUCAUGGAUCCUUUCAAGGCCAGAGAUAUCACAAGAUCUUACCCAUAUUAAUCUUGUAUCAGUUCUAAUAGGCAACGGUCUCGUCGAUCCUUUAGUUCAAUACGAAUACUAUCCACAAAUGGCAUGCAACAGUUCAUAUGAGCCAGUUUUGGAUCAAGAUACCUGUUUCCGAAUGGCUAAUGCAUAUCCGGAAUGCGCUAGAAUGAUUAAUAACUGCUAUAAAAACAAUAACGUCUUUUCUUGUCUUCCAGCUUCAAUGUAUUGUAAUAAUAAGAUGAUUCAACCUUACCAAGCUUCUGGACAAAAUCCUUAUGACGUAAGAGAGAAAUGUGAAGGGGGUGAUUUAUGUUAUCCUAUCCUUAAAGCCAUUGAGAAAUACUCCAAUCGUGAAGAUGUCAAGGAAGAAUUGGGAGUUUCUGAUAAUAUCCAAUACAAGAGCUGUAAUAUGCAAAUUAAUUUUGCUUUCCAAAUGGCCGGAGAUUGGAUGAGACCGUUCCAUCUUUUAAUCCCAGGACUGUUAAAUUCGAACAUAGAUGUCCUAAUAUAUGCGGGCGACGCCGAUUUUAUUUGUAAUUGGUUGGGAAAUGAAGCUUGGGUCAAAGAAUUGAAAUGGGAAGGUAAACAAGGAUUUAAUGAAGCCAAAGUUAAAAAAUGGAUCACGGAAGACACAUCUAAGCAUGCGGGAGAUGUUAGAACUUACGAAGGAUUAACAUUCUUGCGUGUAUUCAAAGCAGGUCACAUGGUUCCAUAUGAUCAGCCAUCGGCUAGUUUAGAUUUCUUUAAUAGAUGGAUUAAUAAGAAAUCAAUUUAA